CAAGCCAGCAAGAACCUGCAAGCGGCUGUGCUUCAUGGAAUACAGCUCAGGUCAGACUGGGAAAUUGUUGUUCGCCCGAGAGUGUACAGAUAUGUAAUGUACAAUUUAUUUUAAAGUUGGAAAUCGCUCAGUCUGUUGUCAUUGAAGACGGGGAAGGUCUGCUUGAAGUGAUUCUCGCUACAGUCCGCUGUUGAGGAAAGCAGCCGCAUAACUUCAACUUCAUCCUCGAAAGAAAUCGAUUUACCCUUGUGUUCGGCUGGGUUUCUAUGGUCCAUAUCUUAUGAAAACGACAAUUUGUUUACCUUCUCUGCCUUUCAUCCUCGCACUUGGAGACCGGACUGCGAGUUGUCCCCUUGGAAAUAUUUUCAACGGGAAAGGUGUUCAAAUGGAUGAGAUUCACUGUUCCGCAGGCUCCCCUUCUUCCUGAUGCACGUCUGACCGAUUUAGAAUGGGAAACAUGAACUGAAGUGUGGGAGUCCUCAGGAGGUCACCCUCACAAGAAUCGGGUUGUUUAAACAGCGCACUUUCCACCCAAAAUCGCGAUGCUUCAUUAAAUUUCAACGGUCUGCCUAAGUGUAGUAAAUAUAGCAAAACAAGGACACAAGGAAAGUUUGGAGAGAAUGAGGAGUCCCCGGGUGAAGCAUGAGCUACCGGUGUAUUGCUUUUAGACGGGUAUAUCUGAUGUGUCUAUGGAGGUGUGUAGCACUAAGCCUCUUCUGCUGGGUUGCAGCCUCUGCAGCAGGUGCUGGCGAUGCCGCUGGGCCCUUUGGGUGGCUCCUUUCAGAUAAAGGGCCCUUUCACCACUCCCAGGAAUUUGCCGAAUUUGCAGAGCGUUACCAACAGGGUUUCACCACAAAGUACAAGAUAUACAGAGAGUUUGGCCGCUGGAAAGUGAGCAGCCUGGCACUGGAGAGACAGUACAACAAUGGCGUGGCCCUGCCUCUCGACCCCGAGUUCAUGCAGACCAUCAGGCACCUGGGUCGCCGGCCGACCAUCGGUGCCAUCACUGAGAACAUCAUCCGGAAAUACGGCACACACUUUCUGCUGUCCGCAACACUGGGAGGAGAGGAGGCCUUGACCAUCUUUGUGGAUAAGCGCAAGCUGAGCCGGACGGCCGAUCCGAGUGACUCAAACAGCACGGCCAUCACUCUGGAGACCCUCCACCAGCUGGCUGCCUCCUACUUCAUCGACAGAGAGAGCACGCUGCGCAAGCUGCACCACCUCCAGAUCGCCUCCACUGCCAUUAAGGUGACUGAAACAAGGACAGGCCCUCUCGGAUGCAGUAACUAUGACAACCUCGAUUCUGUCAGUUCAGUUCUGGUUCAGAGUCCUGAAAACAAGAUUCAUUUACAAGGACUUCAGGCCAUUCUACCAGACUACCUGAGGAGCCGGUUCGUCCAGGCUGCCCUCAGCUACAUCGGGUGUCAUUCGGAGGGAGAGUUUGUGUGCCGAGAUAAUGACUGCUGGUGCCGGUGCGGUCCCGAUUUCCCACAGUGCAACUGUCCUGAAUUGGACCUGAAGGCGAUGGAGGACAGUCUCAGACAGAUCCGAGAAUCAUGGAAACAGGCCAAUCAAGAGUUUGAGGAAUCAGAUGAGUUCCAGAACUUUGUGCGAAGACUGCCAACAUUCUACGCCUUAAACGCAUCCGCCAUCCAGUACUUCUGGAAGAUGGAUCCCGGUGUGCACCAGCGCUACCAGCAGCUGGAGCUCGGAACUGGGCAGCUCCUCAGCAAAGCCCGGCGGAUCAUCGGCAGGCUCUUCACACUGAGCAAGCGAUGCCGGACUCAGCCUCGAAUCGCCGUGCCCAGAGAGAGGCCCUUCAGUUACUGGCUAAGCUACAUCCUCUCCAUCCUGUACUGCAGCGAGAACAACCAGAUUGGCUCGUACAUGGAGGAGUCGCGCUCCUGCUCGUGCCCCUACGAGCACCCGACGUGCCAGGGCGUGAUUCCGUGCAUGGUGGGCGACGGGCCCUACUGCUCCGCCUGCUCCUACGAGAACCGCUCGCGCUGCUCGGGCUGCAAUCCAGGCUUCACGCUGAGCCAGGGUGCCUGCCGCAACACCGUGCCCGACUCCACGGACAACUACAUCGGCUUCGAGACGGACCUCCAGGACACGGAGAUGCGCUACCUGCUCCAGAAGCGCGACGGCCGGAUAACGGUGCAUGCCAUGUUUAUCAGCAACGACGUGCGCCUCAACAACUGGUUCGACCCGUCGUGGCGGAAGAGGAUGCUGCUGACGCUGAAGAGCAACAAGUUCAAGUCCAGUCACGUGCACAUGCUCCUGGGAAUGUCCCUCCAGAUCUGCCUUACUAAAAACAGCACCCUGGAACCCAUGCUUUCUGUUUAUAUCAACCCCUUUGGGGGCAGUCAUUCGGAGAGCUGGAUCAUGCCCAUAGACCAGAACAAUUAUCCAGACUGGGAAAGGACCAAGUUAGACAUACCACUAGACUGUUACAACUGGACAUUAACCUUGGGCAACAAGUGGAAAACCUUUUUUGAGACAGUUCAUUUUUACCUGCGGAGUCGUGUGAAGGUGCCCUCACCUCACGGGAACUCCUCCAUUUACUACGAGCCCCUGGAGGUCAUGGACUCCUCGCGCAACCUUGGCUACAUGAAGAUCAACAGCAUGCAGGUGUUCGGCUACAGCAUGCACUUUGACCCGGAAGCCAUCCAGGACCUCAUCCUUCAGCUGGACUACCCGUAUACGCAGGGUUCACAGGACACGGCCCUACUGCAGCUGCUGGAGAUCCGGGACCGGGUCAACCGGCUGUCGCCGCCGGGCCAGCAGCGCCUGGACCUGUUCUCCUGCCUGCUGCGCCAUCGGCUCAAACUGUCCACGACGGAUGUGAUCAGAAUCCAGGCGGCUCUGCAGGUCUUCAGUGCCAAACAACCAAACUCGAUGGAAUACGAAACAACCAAAUUAUGUAGUUAAUAAAGCAAGGCAAUCUUGUGUGUCGCAAAUGUCGGUGGCACAAUCACCCGGGCCUGAUUACACUUUGGAGCAAUGUUAGUAAAUCAGUGGGGGGCAUUCACAGUAAUUGUGUUUGUUAAUCAGCCAGGUAGUUGGGGGGGGCGUAAUGUUAGCCUAGCUCUCACUAGCUCUCAGUAGAUUAGCAGAUCGUUUGAAUGGCCGUCAUGCCUUUUUUUCCUUUUUUUCAAUCAAAUAAUGGAGAACAUGAAACAUGUUUCAAUGUUUCACAAUUGAACAGAUAGCCUGUUGGUUGAAAAAUAAAUCAAGAUGUUCUAGCUGUUUAGCUGCACAGCAACCUACAAACAUUUUAAUGAAGGGUGUUUUACAGUGCAAAUCUUAUUUGGGUUAAACAGCUUUUUGUUUAUAGUUCGCAUGGCAUUUGAUUUUUUAUUUCUAUAGCUGAUUGUAUGAGCAACACAUGAAUUUGAACCCACCCUCGUUAGUGUAAUCAGGUCCCACUGUACCUGGUAGAAUGCCAGAGUACUCAAAUAGAUCAGAUCUCUCUUUUUUUUAACGUGAACACAGUGUCUCACACAUGAAGCGAUAUGUAAUAAUAGGCAGAUUCAUUUUGAUGGUAGUACUAUUUUUCAAAUAUUUGUAAGCAUAUAAUAAUGAAAAAUAAUCCAGUUAAAACAGAAUUCAUCACACUUGCUAUUGUAUGUUCAGUUACAUGUACUUUUAUUUUUAUAAACCUCUUAUUUGUGGAAAAAAGGUUACAAGAAUAAUUUCCAUAAAAUGUACAAAAAAACAUUAAUUUGUUAAUACACUAAAUAAAACUCAUUUUUAUGUGCUGUCUGUAAAUAUAUUUUAGAAUUUGGUCGUAAGAUGAUUUUUUUUUUUGUAAAUCUUAUAAUUAUUAAUUAAUAUUAUUAUGAUUCCAUAAGCAGGAAAUGCACACUGCAAACCCCACUGAACACGAAAUAUACGCAUCUGUUUUGUAUUUGUGUUCCUUUUUCGCUACAUUUUUCAAUGACAUCACAACACACAGUAGUGAGUCUUUAUUUCAAAGCUGCAUUCUUAUUCCCAGGAUUUCUGUUUGACUUCUCAAUAUGUAUGUCACACAAAGAGCAAACCAUCUCAUUUCAUUUUGAGGCUGCGUUCAGAGCUGUAUCGAGGGUUUCGCCGAGCACUUUGGCAAGCGGGAUCUCUAGGCCCCUUUUGUGAGCCGCUUCCUUGAGUGAACCUUUGCAAUUCAUCUGUGUGAAAGGCUUGGACAAGAUGCAACAUGCCUGACAACCGAAUAAUACAUUAAAGCCGGCUAGCCCCCUGGAGCAUUGCUUGCCCUAGUCUUUGGCAUAAACACUCAGUGACUUGUUCCCCCACUAAUGACUUUUCCCCUUGGAUAUCCUUGAAAGCAAUCCGCCAAAACAAGUGGUGCACAUACUACAAUGGAGAGAAGUUGCAAAACAUUUCAACCAACUUUUGAUGGGCAUGAAAAGGGGACUAAAUAGGUUAUUGAUUGGUUGUCCAGGGAAGUUCUGCUUUUUAUACUUUGAAGUCCCCUGAAGUGAACAUAAUGUCAGACAUUUAUUUGUAAUUCAUUAUUACUCCAUAAACAUUCCUUCAUUAGAAAUGUAUUA